AUGAGCUUCGCACACGACGAGGAGGGUGGUACCGGACGUACCGGCCGCCACAUGAGUGUCUCCCACUAUGCCAGCAAUAUGGGGGCACCAACCUACGACACGACUAGACGCAGGUCUUCUAUUGUCCCCGCUGCAGCAGUCGCAGCAGUGCAAGAGGAGACGGUCUUCAACCAGAAGGAUGAAACUCUUCGCAAAAUGUCAGUGGCAGUCCCCAAUUUGGCUGAGCUCUCUGCCGAUGCCAAAGCUGCCGCAGAUUUGGAACACAAGAUGGGCUUCCGCGAGGGUUGCCGGUUGUAUCCCAAGGCUAUCCUGUUCUCCUUCUGUCUUUCUCUGGCCGUCAUUAUGGAGGGAUACGAUACCUACCUCCUCGGCAACUUCUUCGGAUUGACCACGUUUUCCUGCAAAUACGGGUCGCCCACUGGGAACGUUGACGGUGUCCAAACUUGUCAGGUUUCUGCGACAUGGCAAUCGGCGCUCAGCAAUGGCACGGCUGCCGCUCAAAUCAUCGGACUGUUCCUGAACGGCAUCAUCUCAGAGCGUAUUGGAUACCGCUGGACCAUGAUCGGCGCUCUGGUCUUCAUUACUGGAACCAUUUUCAUCACUUUCUUCGCGGUCGAUGUGCAGAUGCUGCUCGCUGGUUACGUUUUGUCAGGUCUCCCAUGGGGUGUUUUCCAAACUCUGACUACCACAUAUGCCGCGGAGGUCACACCAGUCCCGUUGCGACCAUACUUGACAACCUACGUCAACCUUUGCUGGGUCAUUGGCCAGCUCAUUGCUGCCGGUGUUCUCAAAGGGUUUGUGAACCAAACCGAUCAAUGGGCAUACCGAGUACCGUAUGCGAUCCAAUGGAUCUGGCCACUUCCCAUUGCUCUUACUGCAUUCCUUGCGCCUGAGAGUCCUUGGUGGCUUGUCCGCCACGGCAAACUGGAUCAAGCUCGGGCUGCACUGCUCAGAUUGACGUCUAAAAAGAACGCGCAGUUCAAUGUCGAGGACACCUUGGCUAUGAUGAUCCACACCAACGAGCUUGAAAUUCAGCAGACUGCAGGUACCACCUACUGGGAUUGCUUCAAGGGCGUUGACCUCCGACGAACUGAAGUCACCUGCGUCACCUGGUUAAUCCAACAGACGUCCGGAUCUCCCAUGAUCGGCUGGGGUACCUAUUUCAUGAUCCAAGCCGGCUUGAGCGAAAACAACGCAUACUCUCUUGGGGUUGGCCAGAGCGCAAUGGGCUUCAUGGGGACCGUACUGUCUUGGUUCCUCAUGCCGCACUUCGGCCGUCGCACUUUGUAUCUCGCAGGUCAGCUAGCCAUGUUCAUCAUCCUGAUGAUCAUCGGUGGGCUUGGAGUUCCGAGCUUGUCCACCUCGAUUGGUUGGGCGUCUGGUGCCUUGAUUCUCAUUCUCACCUUCGUCUACGAUUUCACUGUUGGGCCCGUCUGCUACUCGCUGGUGGCUGAGCUUCCGUCUACUCGGCUUCGAAUUAAGACUGUUGUCUUGUCCCGAAAUGUGUACAACAUCAUGGGUAUAAUUGUUGGCACUCUUCAACCCCGCAUGAUGAACCCAACAGCGUGGGGCUGGCGCGGAAAGACAUGCUUCUUUUGGGGUGGUCUCAACUUGCUGGGCUUGAUCUGGACCUAUUUCCGUCUUCCAGAGCCCAAGGGCCUCACCUAUGCCGAGCUUGAUGUCUUGUUUGAGAACAAAGUCUCUGCGCGCAAAUUCAAGUCCGUCAAGGUCGACCCCUAUCGCUCGGACAACUUGGUCAUUGUUCCCGACGAGUUUGGCGACUACGAUGUGGCCGCCGAGAAGCAGGGACUCUAA